CAACACAAGGUCUCUCCCUCAUUUCAGGAACAAAUUGCUUAAUUUCUGCAACCUUUCAAUAUCAUCAGUAAUUACUUUACAAAAUAAAACUGUUCCAUCAAUCCCCUCUUGUUGUUGCAUUCUUAGCUUCAUAGUUCAUUAGUCUCCGUCAUGUCCAACAUGGACGUCUCUUUCUCAGAUGAUGAAUUUUCCUUCAUAAGUGCAGUCACAAGUGUAGGAGGAGCUAGCAGAAGCCUAGAAGAGCUCAUGUUCUUCUACAGUGUGCCAACCAGUCCUAGCUUCAUCAGGACAAGUUCACUAUAUGGUUCUGAUCUUGAUGCAGAAGAUGAAUUCGAAUUCGAAACUAGUCGUCGUUUCCUUGAUCCUCGCAAUCUUGAAACUGAUCAAAAGAAAGAUGAUGAUGAAGAAGAGAAUGAUGAGAAGCAGAAGCAAAGGCUUCAAAGGAAGAGUGAGGAUUCUUUGCCAACCAUGUCAUUUGCUGAUGAGCUUUUUUGUGAUGGCAAGGUCUUGCCUCUGCCUCUUAAGCUUCCUCCAAGGCUUCAAAAUGGAAGUGCUCGGAAAGCGAGCAUGCUGAGCUCAUCGGCAUCUUUGUCGCCGAGGUCGUUGGGGUCGUCGGUGAAGCGAACACUUUCAGGGAAAUGUUUGUGGAAUGAUGAUUUUGAUCCAUUCAUGGUGGCUUUGAAAGUGGUAAGAGAAGAAGAGGAGAGAGGGAAACCAAAGGAAAGAGAUGGUAUUAGAAGGACUAAGUCAGAAUUACUAAUCAGGAGCAAAGGCCCAAACGGUGGGCCAAGUGGGCUGGCAUGUGAAGGUCCAAAUGAGCCAUUGAUAGCAGCAUCAAGAGGACCAAAAAUGGUGUUUAGUGAGCCCAAAGGGUUGGAGCUUGCAAGGAAAACAAGACUAAUUGGGCUUGACAAGAAUGGGCCCAAUAGAAACAAAGCAGAGAGUGAAAGUGGUGGGGCCUGGAAAGAGAAGAGGAAGAGAGAGAAGAUAAUGAAGUUCCUAUUUGGGAAAGUAAGUGGUUAUCACAAGUUCAGAGAUCAAAAGGAUGAAACAGUUUGUGAGGUGAAGAAAAUGACAAUGACAUGUUAUAAGCCUAGGCUUCUUCUUUGCUUGGGUUAUGGAGGAAGGUAUGUCAAGUGA